UAUCAGCCGGCAAAUAAGCCGGCAAAUAAGCCUCUAGCCGAUAAACUUCGUCCAAAGUUUGCGAUAAGAACAGAGAUGCGAACAAAGCCGAUCGGAUAAACUAAACUCUAACUCAAACGCAGCCAAGAACCCUAAUUAUCAAUAUAAAUAGCAUCCUCCGCCUGCUUUAUUCUCAUUCACAAAACACAAAUUUUCUCUACGAGUAUAUGCAUAUACGUAUGUUUGUUUUCUUCUACACAAUUUUCAACCCUGCGAUUUAACUCAAAAACCAAAGCUGAAAGUCACAUUAAAAUCUUGCCCUUCAUUAGAGGAAUCCAACGAAUCAAGAAUCGUUGAAAACGAUCGUCGAACGAGGGAGAUAUCAUCCGCCGGAGUGUUGUCGGGCUAGUCUUCUCGACGGGAAUCAGAGGAGGGAGAGACGCCGCCUUCUGCCAUCCAUUGCCGCUUGUCUCUGUAGCCAAAAAUCGCCGCUAUUUCACCUGUCCAUCGUCCUUUAGAGGUAUUUUUGGAUGGGAAAUUUGGGGGUGUUACAAUAUUCCCUCUUCAACUCCUUGCCGCCGCAAUUCUUAUGGCAGCCGAGUCACCCUCUUCUGCCACCGGCCAGUCCACGCCCUACGCCGCCACCAGCUUCUCCUUAUUUUGGCCCUUCAGUCGCUGGUUUUCCAGGAGUUGUCCGGCCCCAGCAUGACAAUCCUCUUUUCGGCUCUCCAAUGGCAGCCAUGGCGCAGGCUGUUUCUCAUGGAAUUAAAUUGCAAACGUGGGCCAGAUUGUUACCAUCAAACUCAAAGCAGUUGAAGAUUAUCUUACAUGGCGCACUCAAUUCGAAGCAUUGUUGGUGUCACAGGGUCUUUUUGGUAUGUUAGACGGCUCUAUUCCGGUACCUCCCCUUAUACACUCUGGAUUUUAAUAAUCAUCAAAUCGUUAAUACUGACUAUUAUCAUUGGCUUCGAGUAGAUCAAACAAUUCAUUCCUGCUUGUUUGCUACUUUAUCUCGUGAAGUAUUAACUGAUGUUCAUGAUAGUAAACAUUCACUGGGUAUAUGGGAGCGUUUGCAGUCACGUUUUAUGUCUGCCAGUUUACCUAGAGCUAUGGAGCUUAAACGCUUAUUAUCUAAUAUCAAAAAGAAAUCUAAUCAAUCCAUGGACCACUAUUUACGUGACAUUAAAAAUCUGGUUGAUGCUUUAGCAUCAAUUAAUUCCCCUGUGACUGAGAAAGCAAUAUUACAAAGCACACUCCAGGGGCUUGGCCCUGAGUAUCAGUUUGUUACGGGUACCAUCUCAUUAUAUCCGGACAGCUUUCCACCCGACAUCCUUCACCCGCGCCUCAUGGAAGCUGAACAGACUGUUUUGCAUCAACACCAAGAUUAUUCCUCCCCUCACCAAGCCUUUGCUGCUCCAUUGGGGACUGGGCAGCCGGGUUCUUCAGCACCACGCGGCCGUGGCGGUUGCGGCAGAGGUGGCAGAGUGCGCGGGGGUCGCGGACGUGGCGGCAGAAACUGCCGCAGUAGUAUUACGCACCAUCAGCUCCUCCGGUGCACUCCAGCCAAUCCGGGUCGAGACCUGCAGGGGGUGCUUCUGUCCCGAGACCUCCUAAUGACGCUUCUGGUAAAUCUGUUGUGUCCACUUUAAAUAUUAAUGCUAAUUAUGCUUUUAGUACUCAUGGUUCUUCUGCAGGUUUCCCGUCUUCUGAGGGUAUUCUCGGGUCUGUUCCAUCCCCAGUUGUGUGUCAAAUUUGUUUCUCUGCAGGUCACUCUGCAAUGCAUUGUUCGUCCCGUUUUUCACAAACUUCUGCACCUGCGUUGAUUACUCUAAGUGGCGAAUCCAACGAUGUUUUGUGGUAUCCGGACUCCGGUUCCUCGGCUCACAUGACCUCUUCUGAAGGGUCGAUAUAGGGGGACCUCGAAGGCGGCGGUAACAGACGAUUCCGCCACCGUCUCUGAUGGGCCCUGGAUACAAAUGAGUACAAUGAUGGAGCUCCACUCGGCCCAUACCGAUUGUCCUCUCUGAGGCCUCUGGAUCGUUAAUAGGCUCAUUGGGCCGAGGAUACUGAAGAUGAGCGUCUUCUUACACUUUUUGUUGGAUCUUGUUCAAGCUGGGCUCCGACGGUUUUCUUGUUUAAGGGGUAACGGGCGCGGGCCUAUUAACCAUACAAGAACUUUUAUUUAGGCACGUCCCGAAAAGGAAAAGAAACAUUUAUUUAGGAACGGAGGGUGUAAUAUGUACAAUAUUUUCUAGUUUGUACAACUAUACCUACCGUCCCAAUUUGUGUUUUAUAAAUAUUGACUGCAAAAAAAAUAAUACUCCCUCCGUCCCAUUAGAAGGUUCCUACUUUCCUUUUUUGGACGUCUCGUUAAAAGCUAAGGUUCUCAUUUCCAUUUUUGGAAACAAUUAACAUUCUUAAGUGACAAAUUUAUUAAACAUUAAAAAUAAUACAUUUAUAACAUCACAAUUAUCAAUACUAACUACAUUAUAAUAUGUACUUAUUAAAAUUAUUUCUCAAAAUAGACUCGAAGUAAUUUAUUUAAUUAUUGUCUAAAUAACUGUGUCGUUUUGUUAUGGGAACCUUCCAACAGGACAGGGUAGUAAAGCAUUUGACUUGAGUCUGUCUUUACCAUUUUACCCCUCACGUACUUAUCUCAUAAAGUAAUACUCCCUCUGUCCCAAUUUGAUUUGCAAAAAUUCCUAUUUUUAUUGUCCCAAAAUGGUUUUCCACUUUCUACUUUAGGUAUGUAAAUAAGAAUAAAGUGACAAAUUUAUCCUUACUUUUACUUUUUCCUCAUUAACUUAAAGGCAUCUGCUUUUAGAAAGAUGAGCAAAAGUGUAAAAAGCAAACAUCAUUUAUUGUCAUUCCUUAAUUCUUGUGCCGGUAAAAGUUUGCAAUUCAAUUCGGGACGGAGGGAGUAUAGAGUACUCCAUAAAGUAGGGCACACUUGCGUAGAUUAAAAAAAUGAAGUUGCAGACAAGUACAAAUCAAAGCUACAGAGAAGUACCACUAGAUGGUAAAAAUCUAACUAUCUAGUGGAGUAAAAAUAAGAAUUGAGUAAAAAUUGUGGAGAGGAGAGACAAGUACAUCCUUAAGUUAGGUGAGAAAUAAGAAUACUAAAAAUUGUGUGGUUGAAGUUUGUGCAGAGGAGAGAGAAAUGAGUAGAACCACAAAAUAGUUACUUUAAUGAGAAAGUGGUAAAGUUUUUUGGGAUAAACAAAAAAGGAAAGAUGACAAAGUCCAAUGGGACGGAGAGAAUACAUUUUGGUAACAUCAUUCGUACAUUCGUACAUAGAAUUGUAUGUUCACAGACAAUUCUGUAGAGUUCUCUAUGGACAGACAUUUUGUGUCCGUGGGACGGACGAAUGUACGAAAUGUAUACAUUAAAAUUGCGUGAAAAUUUUUUCGAAUACAUUUCAUGCCUUGUGCUGCCUAGUGCUUGCUACGCCCCAAGUGAGAGGGAGUAGAAAAUGUGCAAAAUAAACGUCAGGCUAAAUUAAUCAUUUUGUUCAUGUUUCUAUAGAAAGUGAAAAAUCACUUUCCAACAACAAUUUACAAAUUGAGAGGGAGUGCCACGAAGUCACUUCAAAAUUCAAAUUAGAUCAAACCAACAUAAAUAUAUCAUGUCAGAGUUCAUGUUACAUUAAUUAGUAAUAUGUAUCCUAAAAGUAAGCUUCAGUUUAAGUGAAUUGUUUCUUAAGGAAAUAAAAUGUUGUAGAAAAUUCAAAAGGACGGGUAGUUAUUACAUUGGAUGAUUGGAAUGUGAAAAGUAAUAUAUACUCCAUACGAAUUAAGAGCCCAUUUGGUAACACUAAAAUUGGCUGAAUUGGCUGAUUCUGCUGAAAUUUAUGAAGUUCUGGCUGAAGUGGUUGUAUUGGUUGAUUCUGCUGAUUCAUGAAAAAAUUAUAUUUAAAAUAUUUGUUAUUAAUAAAUUAAAUAAAAAAUUAUAUGACAAAAUAGCUAAAAUGAUUCUCUACAGUAACUUCAGCCAAUACAGGCAGAAAAGUAAUUUCACCUUACUUUUUCUGCUUAUUACAAACUUCGGCGCAUGAAAUCAAAAGUUACGUGCUUGAUGAAAAAGCUGGCUGAUAAACCUGAUAAGCCGAAAAAAGGGGUUAUCAAACGGGCUCUAAGUGUGUCCUGAUGAAGUGUUAUUUUGAUAUUCUAACUACUUUGUAUAUUAUAGUGCAUUUAACUCAUUGUGAAAAAGAUUCAGCAUUCCUUUGGGUAAGCUAAGUGGCAAUAUAAGAUUUGAUUUUCUAAAUAAAUUGAUCGAAGUACAUUUUCCCCCAUUUCUAAAAAAAUUGUUAUGUGACGGUUUUUAACAAGCUUACAAAAUGAUAUUAUGAGUCUUUUUCAAUUUUCGUACACAAAGAAAAUAGGUAAAAUUCCAGGUUAAUGGUUAAAGUCAUUUUCAAUAUGUAAUAGAGAUCUGGGUUUUUGGUAAGGGUGGUAAUUAUCUCGAUGUUUAUUGUAGGUUGAAAUUAAAGAUAAAUAUUGGCGAGGAAUGGUGAUGUAAAGGUUAAAGUUGAAGUUGAACUGCCAAGUAAAGACACGUGAAUCAAUCACGACCUUUAAGGCCAUUUUUAGGGCAUUAGGAGGCAGUUCAAGGCCCCUAAAAUCGAUUGAUAAGUCAAAGUGUAAAAAUAUUGUUAAUGGGUUGUUUUGGUGAUUUUUAUUAUCCACAAAAAAAUAUCCCUGGUAAGGUUACUUUUUCAAUUGUUUUUUAUUGAUUUACUAUUGGAGACCAAAAAGACCCAUUUAAUUACCUUUCUAUUAAUAUUAAUGUGUAUUUUAUGUUUCAUUUUAUUUUAUUUUAAAUGUGUGUGACCUUGUUAAUAUACCUUAUAGAAAUUGUAUUUUUUAAUUAAUUUACUCAUAAUAGUAACAAAAUAUAAUACGUAGUACUAGCUAAUGUCGUUCGUUCAUUCAAAAAAACCGCAAUAUUUGGAAGAUAGAACUUGUAUAGAACAAUAUAAAAUUCGUAAGAGUAAUUACAAAAUAUACAAAGUAAAUUGUUAACUAAGUAGUCUUAUAAGUACCUAAUCAAGAAAAAAAAUUACUAGCAUAGUUCACACCCAUAUAUUUAAGGGAAAUUUCCCAAAAUAUGACUAAAACAUAUUGAGUCUCCCUAAAUAUGACACAUUAAGGGAAAUUACACAUUUUGACUAAAACAUAUUGAGUCUCCGUAAAACACGUACUACUGUAAUACACAAACACCAAGGAUGUAUAAGAGUGACUAGAAUUAAAAAUUCAUUCCAUAUAAUUGUGCACAUGUACGUCCUCAAUGUUGUACAAAUUUUAAAUUAAGUAUGGGGAAUGAAGUGACAUGUCAUAACAAGUAAUCACAGAUAUGGGGAAUGAAGUGACAUGUCAUAACAAGUAUGGAGUAGUUCUGUAUUUUCAAAUAUGAUCAAAGAUCACUACAAGUAAUCACACAUUUUAUGACAAAAGUUUGGGUGACAAAACAAAAAUUGUCACGUUUAAUUGAGUUAUAGUUUCAAAAUGUGAAUUCGUCACUUUAAAACGACUUAUUAUGACAAUAUUUUUGAUGAUCACUUUCUCUUAGACGUUGUCACUAAUUGAUAAAAUACGUUACAAUAAAAUUGAAUGUGUCAUGUUAUUUGAAUUAUAAUGACAUACCAUAUUUUGUUACUAAUUGUUUUAUUAAAUAAUGAAAAUAUUAUUUCAUUUUUCUUUUGUAAUGAUUAAUGACGUUGUUAAUUAGGAACAACCUAAAAGAAAAAGUGAGAAGUAUUUUUAGAAAUAACCUAAAAGAGAAAGUGAGAAGUAUUUUUGGGAACGGAAGGAGUAUUUGUAUAGCCAAAUGUACUCCCACCAAUAUUUCAUCAUUAUUGCACCAAGCAUCAAGAAACAUUCAAUAUUCUUUUUUUAAAAAAGAAAUAUUCAAUUUGCUAACCACUAUUCCAAGAUUAUUUGAAACAAAUUUUAAAAACUGAUGCAUAUUUUAGAUUCAAUGUUUGGGUGAGAUAAUUCGCCGAUUACGAGUCAGAGAUGAUCCGGAUGACAUCAUUGCACACGGUGUAGAGUGUCUUACACGACUUGGUGCAGAAGAAGCGAUUGAUCAUGACAUCAUCACAUAUGAAGCUGCAGAUGUUGAUCCUCUCACUAAGUUCUUACAUAAAUGCAGAGGUAUACAAACUAAGUUCUUACAUAAAUGCACAUUCCACUGAUAUCAUGCUAUUGCCGAAUCUGAAUGAGUGGCCACAAAAUGAGUUCAUUCUUCUGCCGCCUAAAUACUCUUCCAGAACUUCUCGAGUAGGACGCCGUCAAGAAACAAGAUUUCCAAAUGAGAUGGAUAUGCGUCCAAGACGCAGAGCACAACAUGAUUGAUUCACAUUUGUACUCUCUUAUGGUGUAUUAUUUCUUUUCUUUGUAGUUUGUUUUAAUGUUGUAACACUUUUAUUAGCCAUAUGUUUCAAAUGUACUUUUAAUAUGUUAUGAACUUUGUUUAAUUUUGAGUUCAUAUGACUUAAUGGGUCACUUAUUAUUAAACACGUGAUACUGUAAACUGUAUUUGUA